AUUCAUUCAGAAACCUUGAGCAGCGCUCCCGAAGCCUGGGGGCUCAGUAGUGAUUCAGCAGCAGCAGCAGCAGCAGCAUCACGGAGCAGUGGGCGGGAGAAGGAGGAGGAGACAACAAGCAGACAAUACGAGGAGGAGAGGAGAGGAGGAAAGAAGAGGAGCACAACAACACAUGAAGGAUAGUUUUUUAAAACUUCUUCUUCCUCAGAUUAAAAAGCUGAUUCACUGAACUUCAGUUCAUCAGUCGGGCGGAUUCUUUGCGCGCUCCGGAUCUACCCAAAGGCUGUGUUUCUCGUGCGUCUUUGCGCUGCUCGGGGCUCGUGUGUGUGUGUGCGUGUGUGUGUGUGUGUGUGAUAGCUGGGAGAGGAUCAGCCGGAGUGGCCGACUAUUCAGGAGGAUGCUGGAGGGCAAUGCCUGCAGAAAGAGAGGAUGAGAUUUGUCAGAAGGCGCUGGAACUGCUGUCUGACCUGUGCUCCAAAGGGGAGGUGCAGGACGACAACUGCCUGGAUUUCAUCUAUUACUUCAGGGACCUGGCCAGACCGCGUUACACGGACUCAGAUGUGUCUAUCAGCCUCUUGUCACUGCUUGUGACCACCUGUGGUCUGGCACUCUUCAGCGUCUCCGUCUUUGUGUCAUGGAAGUUGUGCUGGCUGCCACUGAGCGGCCGCUUCCUCCCAGAUGUCCUCAAGGGGGCGCACUUCCUGGUGGGAGACCAACAGCCGGUCCUCAUAGAGGUGGACGGGGAGGAAAGGGAGUACAGCGAAGAUGGCUGUGUGAAAGAGCCCAUUGGGCCCUCCAUGGCUGUGACUGUCCCAGAGUCAGGCCUGAAGAUAAGCCACACGUCACCUGACAUCCCACUGGAGGCCCAGGCCAAGAUGGAGAAAAACCAGGUCCACACACUGGCAAGGGACAGGGUUCAAAGACAGAUUACUGAGCCCACUUCCUCUGUAAGGCACAAUUCCAUCCGUCGUCAGAUGAAUUUGUCCAACCCGGACUUCAACCCUGCCCAGUUCCAGCGUCAGGACUCUCUGUCUGGUUUGGGCCGAAUAAAACCAGAACUUUACAAACAGCGCUCCUUGGACACUGAGGACAGUUGUCGCACUGACAGCUGUGGACGUUUGCACUUUGUUCUGAAGUUUGACUUCGACCUGGAGCAGCUGAUCGUUAAAAUACACAAGGCACAGGACCUCCCUGCCAAGGACUUCACAGGAACCUCAGAUCCUUACGUCAAAAUCUACCUGCUGCCUGAUCGCAAAAACAAGCACCAGACCAAGGUGCACCGCAAAACCCUGAACCCAGUGUUCGACGAGGUGUUUCUCUUCCCCGUAGCAUACGCUGAGCUGUCGGGCCGUAAGCUGCAUUUUAGCGUCUACGACUUUGACAGAUUCUCUCGCCACGAUUUGAUUGGCCAAGUGGUGGUGGACAACUUCCUGGAUCUGGCCGACUUUCCCAGAGAGACCAAGCUGUGCCGGGAGAUACAGUAUGUAACCUCGGACAAUGUGGACCUGGGAGAGCUGAUGUUUUCAUUGUGCUAUCUCCCGACGGCUGGCAGGCUCACCAUCACCAUGAUCAAGGCUAGGAACCUCAAAGCCAUGGAUAUCACUGGAGCUUCAGAUCCGUACGUCAAAGUGUCCCUGAUGUGUGACGGUCGGAGGUUAAAAAAGAGGAAGACAUCCACCAAACGUAACACUCUGAACCCGGUGUACAACGAAGCUAUGGUGUUUGAUGUCCCGCCUGAGAACAUAGACCAGAUCAGCCUGCUCAUAGCCGUCAUGGACUAUGAUCGGGUCGGGCAUAAUGAAGUGAUCGGAGUUUGCAAAGUAGGAAGUCAGGCUGAGACUCUGGGGAGGGACCACUGGAACGAGAUGCUUUCAUACCCCCGGAAACCCAUUGCACAUUGGCACCCUCUCAUAGAGUGGGUCGGACAAGCAGCAGUUGGAGGUGGCAGCCAAGGAGGAUCCACCAACUCCCUGAAGACACCACCAUCACCGUGACUGGACAUGCACACAACUACAAUCUAACACACACACACACACACACACACACACACACACACACACACACACACACACACACACGCACACACACACACACACUGACACAGACUCAGGCAUUAGAAUGAUUGUUGGUGGGUGUUCACUAAGUUUUCCUAAGGUGUUAAACAGACAAGAUGUAACAGACAAUAGUAACAUCAGCUAAAGGUCAUUCCGUAGACUUCUGUUUAAUGACUGAAUAAGGCUUAGGUGUGUAGGACUGUUGCACUUGUACUCGUUACGUCCACAUGUAUCGUCACAAGCCAAAACUACUUAACUACAUUCCAAGUGAACUUUGA